AUCAAAUAGCAAUUAUUCAAAGGACAUUCCAACCACGAAUGCUGUGGUGGUCAGUUUCCUAAGGACGCCACACAUAUCGUAAAAUGGAUUCAGACAACGUGGUGAAUGUGGUUGCGAAUGGAAGUCAUGAGAAUGCAGGAUUUGAUUCUCCUCCGGAGUAUGAUGACAGGUCCAAGAAACUCCCACCAGAGUUCAACGGUACAGAAAAGGAUCUGCCUUCCGACUAUCCCGAAAAAAUUGUAGAUGGAGCUACUCCAGAAGUUGAAAGGCCAACAUGGGACAAUCAAUAUCAGUUCCUCAUGUCCUGUAUCGCCACUUCGGUCGGUCUCGGCAACGUGUGGCGAUUCCCCUUCAUCGCCUAUCAGAAUGGAGGCGGCGCCUUCCUUAUUCCUUACAUCAUCGUGCUUAUACUCAUAGGAAAACCCAUGUACUAUUUAGAAACUGCUCUUGGUCAAUUCAGUAGCAGUAAUUGUGUUAAAGUAUGGGCUUUAUCACCAGCUAUGAAAGGAACGGGUUACGCUCAAGCUCUCAGCGCUUUGUACAUCGUCUCUUACUACAUGUCAAUCGUCGGACUUUGUCUGUACUAUCUGGUAAUGAGCUUCCAAAGUGUUCUUCCGUGGUCUGUGUGCCAACCAGACUGGGUUGACUGCGUUCCCUCUGGAGAGGUAGCCGAUAAUGAGACAAUAAUAAACAGACCCAUAACCAGUGCUCAAUUAUAUUUCCAGAGAACUGUUCUGCGUCAAUCUGAUGGUAUCCAUGAUGGCAUUGGUACACCAAUCUGGGACCUAACACUAAGUUUAUUUGUAUCCUGGUUAAUUAUCUUCGUAAUCGUCGCAAGAGGUAUCAAAAGUUCUGGAAAGGCUGCCUACUUCCUCGCUUUAUUCCCAUAUGUCGUCAUGCUGAUAUUGCUUAUCAGGGCUGUCACAUUACCCGGCGCUGAUAAGGGAAUAUUAUUCUUCAUUACACCACAGUGGUCAAAAAUCUUGGAAUUGAAGGUGUGGUACGCAGCUACAACUCAGGUCUUCUUUUCUCUCUCCACAUGUUCCGGUGCUUUGAUCAUGUUCUCCUCUUUCAACAAGUUUACACAGAACGUAUACAGAGACUCAAUGAUUGUGACGACGCUGGACACGUUCACUAGUUUAAUUUCGGGUAUCACCAUCUUCGGUAUUCUGGGGAACCUCGCUUUCCAAAUGGGUGAGGACGACAUCAGCAAAAUCAUUACAUCUGGAGGUUCUAGCUUGGCCUUUGUGUCCUACCCAGAUGCUAUUGCACAGUCUCCAUUUGUCCCACAACUAUUCUCUGCCCUGUUCUUCCUGAUGAUGGCUGUACUCGGCGUUGGCUCAGGAGUUGCCUUAUUUUCGACUGUAAACACAAUCUUCCUCGAUGCUUUCCCUAAAGUCCCCACAAUUGUGAUGUCGGCUACGAUAUGCUCAGCAUGCUUUUUAGUUGGACUUGUUUAUGUUACCCCAGGCGGUCAGUACAUUCUAGAACUGGUUGAUCACUACGGUGGAACAUUCAUGAGACUGUUUGCUGCGAUUGUUGAAAUUAUUGGUGUCUUUUGGAUUUAUGGUUUGGAAAACAUGACUCUGGAUAUUGAGUUUAUGUUGGGUUUGAAGACUUCAUUCUACUGGCGUAUCUGUUGGGGUAUUGUGACACCACUUAUGAUGAUGACCGUAUUCUUCUACGCUUUGGUAACAACGGAUCAGUUGACUUUCAAUGAAUACGUUUAUCCGGAUGGAGCUUACAUUGCUGGCUCGAUGCUUCAGUAUUUUGGAAUAGCUUUGGUUCCCAUAUUCAUGGCAGCUACAUUAUGGAAAUACAGAACUAGCACCUUCGUUGAGACUGUCAAAUCAUCGUUCAGAGCUAAGAAAACGUAUGGUCCCAGCAUUCCCCAGAAGAAAGAAGAUUGGCGUGAAUUCCGCCGUAAUGCUAAAUAUGAGCGUAAUCUCAUACGCAAGAAUUGGUACCACCACAUAGGCCUAAGCUUAAUAGGAGGCUAUCGUCGAGGCCGUAGUUAGAUCUUAUUUUUAUCUUGAAUGAAAUAUCUCUGUAUUAUAAUAAUUUAUUCGCUUUAUCACCAAUAAUAUUACAUUAAAUAUUGUUCAAGACUGCUUCAUUUGUCGAGUAGUCGCAAUGGACUGCCGAGCAAAGGGACUCACGCUCAAUUCCCGGGCGGGUAGUUUUAUUGGGGUUUUUCAAAUUUCUCAGUAUUACCACAGUCUGGAAUUGUGGCCGGUCUAUGGCAAUAGGCUCUCUAUUACAUAGGACUUGAAAACAACUACUGUCCGGAACUGUCACAUUGUGAAAAUGUGCAACUGGCCUCUCCCUUCGGGAAUUCAACGGCAUGAUAUAUUACUAACAAGGUGUUCCUUGCAUAAUCAAAACUUUGGUAUAAGUAUAUUCUAUAACCUGGUUCAUUCGCAAAAUAAUAAAACUGUUUGAGUGUUUAACCAGGACCAGUUAAUGCGUUUUUGAUUUCGGAAUUCUCAGUAGUAGCACGGAAUCUUAUUAUUUUUGUUAUAAAUGUAAUCUUUUGUAAAAUAAACAUUAAGAUAAUUAGC